AUGUCGGCCGUGAUAUUUAAUUUCUUACCGCAGACAAAGAGCCAGAAAAACGCCCGUCGUGUUACGGUGUUGCGCGGCGCGGCCGCCCGCCAGGGUCUCAAUAUGAUGAAACUGCGCAACAAAGCUUCCCUUGCCUCCAACCCCAAGUUAGCCAAGUCACUUAAAAAGCAAGCUGAACGCCAUCAGCUGGCACGAGAUCGACUCAAUGAUGAAGCAGCAGCAUUGAUCUACAAAGAACAUAAUCAGAAUUCGCUUCCUGGUACAUCUGACCUCCACAAUCUCUACGCAAGGGAAGCCAAAAUGUAUGCCAAUGAGGCUAUCGAUCAAGCGAAGAAGGCAGGAACCCCGGAGUGGUUAGUAUUCAUCGUCGGGAAGGGGAAACAUUCUCCAAACGGUGAGGCCCAGUUGAGGCCGGUGAUUGUGGAACUGGUCCAGACAAAAAAUCUAGAGCAUGAAAUUCCGAACGGAAAUGAAGGCAGGAUACUUGUCAGAGUAAACCCUCCGCAGGCAGAGGUUGUUCCCACAGAACGUCCUAGUGUUUUCGACCGUAUCGGUUUCACAAAACGUCGCAGCGUUUUCGACCGUAUUGAUUCCACAAAACAUCGCACAUAA